AUGAUUGCUUUGGCGUGGAACUGCAGGGGUUUAGGGACCCGCGGUGCAGUCCGAGAGCUUGCCGAGAUGGUCCAAGCGCAGGGUCCCAAGAUCAUGUUUCUCUUAGAAACGUGGUCUAACAAGGAGUAUAUGAAAAAGGUAUGUUAUUAUUUGGAAUUUGAUGGUUUAUUUACUGUUCCUAAUAAUGGGAGAGGUGGAGGUUUGGCUAUGAUGUGGAAAUCUGAGGUAGUUCUGUGGGUGGAUAGUUUCUCCAACUAUCAUAUUGAUGCGAUUGUGAAUGGUGGUAGAGAAGAUGCUUGGCGACUAAUAGGGUUUUAUGGGGAGCCUGAUACUAGCAGAAGGAGUGAGGGAUGGAAUAUGUUACGGAUGCUAAGCUCGAAGCUGAAGUUGCCGUGGUGUUGCUUUGGAGAUUUUAACGAGCUUCUAAUGGUUGAAGAGAAGAAGGGAGGUGUGCCACGGUCUCAUCAUUUGAUGCAAAUGUUUCGGGAGGCAUUGGACCAAUGUGAUUUUGUGGAUUUGGGUUUCUCUGGUCCGGCGUUCACUUGGCAUGGCAGACGGAGGGGAGAGCUGAUUUGGGAAAGACUGGAUCGUGGGGUUGCCAAUUAUGAGUGGCUUUCACGGUUUCCGACAGGGAGGGUGCAGGUUUUGUCCUGUUUUACUUCGGACCACAAACUGAUUCUCUUGACUUUGGAUGCAGAAGGGGAAAAGCAGAGGUGGAGACGUAAACCUUUUAGAUUUGAAGCGAUGUGGUUGACUGAUCCGGGUUGUCAUAAUACGGUGGUUCGUGCGUGGGAAUCCAAUCCAGAUGGCUUACCAAUGUACAGAACAACAAAAAAGCUGAAAAAGUGUAAGAAGAUGCUUAAGAAAUGGAGCACAGCCCACUUUGGAAAUGUCACAAGGGAGGAACAAAUGUGGCAUCAACGGUCUCAUGUGAAAUGGAUUCAAAGUGGGGAUCAGAAUACGAAAUUCUUUCACGGUACAGCCACACAGAGGAAAAGAAGAAAUUUUAUAAGGGGUGUUCGAGAUGAAGGAGGGGUUUGGCAGAGUGAUGAGGGGGUAUUUUCGAAUCUGUUUAUUGAUUAUUAUACUAGUUUGUUUUCUUCAUCGGGGUCACAGGAGCUGGACCAAGUGCUGGAGGGUGUUCAGGAAGUGGUAACAGAGGAAAUUAAUGUUAGUCUUGCAAUGGAGUACAAACCAGAGGAAGUGGUUGCUGCCAUUAAGGAGAUGGCUCCCUUAAAGGCGCCGGGUCCAGACGGCAUGCCACCACUGUUUUAUCAAUCAUACUGGUCUGAUGUUGGUACAGAGACCGAUAAGUCUUAUAAGAUUGUUAGUAAAGUGAUAGCAAAUAGGCUUAAGCCUUGGCUUAAUUCCCUUAUUUCGGAGACGCAGAGUGCCUUUACAGCUGGUCGGUUAAUUACCGACAACAUAUUAAUCGCCUUUGAGUCUUUACAUCACAUGAAGACGAGCUGUUUUGUAAAUGGUGAGCCGAAGGGUAUGAUCAAGCCAUCGAGGGGUCUCCGGCAAGGUGAUCCCCUCUCUCCCUAUCUAUUUCUAUUCUGUGCGGAGGGGCUUAAUGCCAUUUUAAGAAAGGCUGUUGAAGCUGGAGACAUUCAGGGGUUUUCUAUUUGUAGAAGAGGACCCAAGUUAACCCAUCUCUUUUUUGCAGACGACUGCUUGCUCUUCUGCAGGUCGACACUUGAGGAAUGUGAAAUAAUUCAGGAAUUAUUAGCUUUAUAUGAGAAGGCAUCAGGGCAGAUGGUAAACGAGGAUAAGACUACCUUGUUCUUCAGUAGAAAUACUGAUGAAGAGAUUAAGGAGACGAUAAAACUCUCCUUGGGGGUGCCGGCCAUCCAACACUAUGAGAAGUAUCUAGGGUUACCUUCCUUUGUGGGUAGAAAUAAAAAGGCGUGUUUCACUCAGAUAAAGGAGCGGAUUUGGUCUCGUAUGCAAGGCUGGAAGGAGAAACUCCUCUCUCAAGCCGGGAAGGAAGUCAUGAUAAAAGCUGUCAUCCAGUCUAUUCCGGCAUACUCUAUGGGUGUGUUCAAACUCCCCAUUGGGCUUUGCAAAGAUAUUGAAGCAAUGAUAAGAAGAUUUUGGUGGGGGCAGGGGGAUAAGAAGAAAAUACAUUGGGUGAAAUAG